ACCCGGCCUUGGCCCCGCCCCUCGGCCCCGCCCCUCGGCUUGAAGCGGCUCGGGCUAUCGCCGCCUCGGAGUCGCGCGCCGGGCGUGGGGCGGUGCUGAGGAGUCGAAGCUGAGGCGAGCUCCACGCCGGGACUGUCCAGCGAGGCGCAGCGCGGCCGGAGCCCUUAGCCAGAGCAGCUCCAGAGCAGCCGCCGCCGCCGUCCGUGGAGCCCAGCCGAGCCGACCAUGGCGCUGUCGAUGCCGCUGAACGGGCUGAAGGAGGAGGACAAAGAGCCCAUCAUCGAGCUCUUCGUCAAGGCUGGCAGUGAUGGUGAAAGCAUAGGAAACUGCCCUUUUUCCCAGAGGCUUUUCAUGAUUCUUUGGCUCAAAGGAGUUGUAUUUAGUGUCACAACUGUUGAUCUGAAAAGGAAGCCUGCAGACCUGCAAAACUUGGCUCCUGGGACCCAUCCACCAUUUAUAACUUUCAACAAUGAAGUCAAAACGGAUGUAAAUAAGAUUGAAGAAUUCCUUGAAGAAGUCUUAUGUCCUCCUAAGUACUUAAAGCUUUCACCAAAACACCCAGAAUCAAAUACUGCGGGAAUGGACAUCUUUGCCAAGUUCUCUGCAUAUAUUAAGAAUUCAAGGCCAGAGGCUAAUGAAGCUUUGGAGAGGGGUCUCUUGAAAACACUACAGAAGCUGGAUGAGUAUCUGAAUUCUCCCCUCCCUGAUGAAAUUGAUGAGAAUAGUAUGGAGGACAUUAAGUUUUCUACACGUAAAUUUCUGGAUGGCAAUGAAAUGACAUUAGCUGAUUGCAACCUGCUGCCUAAACUACACAUUGUCAAGGUGGUGGCCAAAAAAUAUCGCAACUUCGAUAUUCCAAAAGGAAUGACUGGCAUCUGGAGAUACUUAACUAAUGCUUAUAGCAGGGAUGAGUUCACCAAUACCUGUCCCAGUGAUAAGGAGGUGGAAAUAGCAUAUAGUGAUGUAGCCAAAAGACUUACCAAGUAAAAUAGCACUUCUGACAGAGAUAUCUUCACAUCUUCCCCUGACUAAGAAUAUGCUUUUCCUAACAGACUGCUCCUCUUCCUACAAAGUAGAGACUUUAUUUUGCAUGAACAUGCAGUUAUUCAAGAUCAGGAUAAAGGGUAGACAAAUUAUAGUAGCCAUCUUUCAAUAUACACUCCUAAGCAGUAUUAUUUUAAAAUUCUUUCACCCUGCCUACCUCCCCUACCCCAUGUCCUCCUCUCUUAUUUGGAGACACUCCAUCCGCACUCACUGCAGAGGUAGUUUGCCAUCUCUCUGCAGCCCUGACCAUUGUGUCCGUGCACUGCCAGAUCAAUGGCAGAACUUUUGAGAUGUGAUGUUUAACUUAAAAGAGUGACCAUGACCUCAUCAGUCAGCCCAAAACUGGCGCAUAAUGCAUGGUACAAGGAAUAUUUAUGUAUUUUUGGAAUUUUAUAUUUAGUAUGAGUAUAUGAAAGGAUUGCUACUGUAUCAAAAUAUUGUUUCAAUUUAGUCUAUCCUAGAUAAGUUGCUGAAGGAUGUUACCAGGAGUAAAGAGAGCCUUCUGCACAAAGUCACUACAGAUUUUGCUAUUUUACUUUGUACAUGGAUUUUUACUUUUGCCUGAAAGCAUGUAUCUUACCACUUAUAACAUCUGACACUAUGUAGAAGCUAAAAGUUAAGAGGGGGGAUGAUAGUCUCAGGAUCUUCCUCAAGCAUUUUAUUCAUAUAAGAAACCAAUGGGCACCUGAUAAUCUGUCCAAAUGUGUUGUUGUAUGUAUUUUGCCCAGUGCCAUUCAUUUUGAACAUAAGUGCUUUCUUUCUUUAUUUUAAAAAGCUCCUUUUUAGGUAAGCAUAGACCUUGAUAUUUGUAGAUCUUUUGAGCAACACUAUAUAAACUACUUAGUUGAUUAAGCUGUAGCAGUACAAUGAUUGGUAAUGGAAAAAUUAACACUUACAGACAUUAACCUUAGGGUGGGUUUAUCGAAAUGACAAGUAAAUUUUCUUUCUAAUAUAAUGUGGAUAAUUUAAAGAAUGCAUUAUCCAUUCUAUAUU